AGUAUCAGAAAAAGAGUUUAAUUCAGAAGUCAAUGAAUUAGUUGUCUACAAUUCUCAAUCUUUAUUUGAUUGUUCAUUCUAUUGGUGACCUUAUAAUAUGUUUUUAUUUAAUUUAAUUACUUCAACAUCUCUCACAUAUGUUUCUGAAUCCCAGAGCUUACUUUCUUCAACACUCUUCACCUGUUUCUCAAACUAGAGUUUCUUUCUAACACCUUUAAUCUUGGUUUUGUUAGAACUUUAAGAGGUCAACAGAUCUUGAGAAGUUGAAAGGAAGGGAAGGAAAAGCUACUUUGGCUCAACUAGUGAAGACGACAUACAUGGAUAGAGGAAAUGAAAAUGAAGGAGAGAGAAAGAAAGGGGAAGGAAACAACUUUUCGGUCUCAUCUUAUGUGAUUCGCGAGGACAUUUUCAAUCUUCUGGAUUUUAUAGAGAGGUUAAAGAACGAAGAAGAUCAAAUUGAUGUUGACAUGGAUCGUAUUGAAAAGCUGAAAUUGGAGCUGACAUAUGUGUCGACAUUUCCUCUGCUUUCUUAUUCCAAAUUGGAUAGUUUUAAUGCCAAAAUGUCUCGGAAAGCAGAACGUGUCUUUUCUCUGGUUCAGUCGGUUUUCUAUGAGAGUGGAAAACACAUGCUGGUUAAAUAUGACAUGGAUCAUGUCGUUCAUCGCCUCUUGGAAAAUAUCGAUAGGUAUAUCAGCUCACUUGGUCAUCCCGAAUCAAGUUCCACCAUGAUUGAGGAGAAGUUGGUUGAACUUUUGGACUCACUCGUCAUAAAUCUUCGUGAUCUUCCCAAUCCUUGCGCUGAGUUGAUUUUGCCAUUGAUGACUCAAUACGACGUAGUUCAACAUGUAUGUGGGAAUAUAAGAGAUUUCCAUGGGUUGAAAGUAAAUGGUUGCAUUGAGCAUGAGAUAGUUGAUUAUGUCUUACCUCAGUUUCAACUUAUGGCUGAGAGAGUAGGACACUUCUGUUCUGUCCUUUUGGCAUAUCAACUUGAUAAAAUAGAUGAACUUGAUGAUAAACUUGAAGUUCCUCAAGUAAUUUCCAUGCUAGCUCAUCUACUUGUGGAGAUUAUUCCUGUCGAACUGGAGAUUAUGCACAUAUGUUCCACAAAUUUUGAACGUUCAAAGUCAGCUGAAGUUGGACGCCUGGUUAAGCAGCUUCUAGAAACUUCUCCAAACAUUCUUAGAGAAUAUCUGAUUCAUCUACAAGCGCACAUGGUAACUGUUCUUGGUGCUAGCGCUUCAGCUCGAAACAUUCAUGUCAUGAUAGAGUUCUUGUUGAUAAUUCUCACCGAUCUGUCCAAGGAUUUUAUUCGUCAAGAGAAAUUGUUUGUUCUCUUGGCACGUGUUGGAGCUCUUACUAGGGAGGUAUCAAUUCUUGUUCGCGACUUAGAGGAGAAAUCAAGGAGUGAAGAGAAUACAGAUGAAAUAAAAUGUGCAACUCUAGACUUGUUGGAAAAUAUUGAACUUCUGAAGGAAGAGCUCAAACAUAUUUACUUAAAAGCCCCUGAAGACUCAUCUCAACACUGCUUCUCCAAGAGUGAUGGACCACUCUUCAUGAAUCUUCUACUCAGAAACUUAAGUGAUUUGUUCGAUUCUAAUGCUUAUUCAGUUGCUUUGAUAAAGAAAGAAAUUGGGUGUGUGAAAGAAGACCUAGAAUUCAUAAGAUCGUUCUUUGGGAAUGUUGAGCAAGACUUGAAUAGAGAUCUUUGGACUCGCGUUCUAGAUGUGGCGUAUGAGGCGGAACAUGCCAUUAACUCAAUUCUUGCUAGAGAUCAUGGUCUCUUGCAGCUUAUCUUCUUACUUCCUGAUACCGUAGAAAAGAUCAAACAUAUCAAAGAAGAGGUACUAGAGAAGAUCCCCAAGAAUACGGGCAUUGUUGUUGUGAACUCUCCCAAGAAGCCAGUUGAAAGCAAGUCAUCAAUCGCUAAUAAAAUAAUUGUAGGCUUUGAGGAGGAGAAAGAGUGGAUAAUUAGGAAGCUCACCAGUGGACCAGCUGACGUAGAUGUUAUUUCCAUAGUUGGCAUGCCAGGGCUUGGAAAAACUACUUUGGCUGAUAGAGUAUAUAAUGAUAAAACUGUAGUUGAUCAUUUUGAUGUUCGUGCUUGGUGCACAAUCGACCAAGAACGUAAUGAGAAAAAGUUGUUGCAGAAAAUUUUCAAUCAAGUUAUUGGUUUGAAAGACACAUUCAGUGAGGAUCACAUAGAUGAUGACGUCGCUGAUAAGCUACGGAAACUACUGUUUGGAAUGAGGUACCUUAUUGUCUUGGAUGACUUGUGGGAUACUGCAACAUGGGAUGAGCUAACAAGACCUUUUCCUGAAUUUCAAAAAAGAAGUAGAAUUAUCUUAACAAGUCGGAAAAAGGAAGUGGCUUUGCAAGGAAAACACCACCGUGAUCCUCUUUAUCUUCGGUUACUCACACUAGGGGAAAGUUGGGAGUUAUUAGAGAAAAGGGUAUUCGGAGAAGAACGUUGUCCUGAUGAACUAUUGGAUGUUGGAGAAGAAAUAGCCCGAAAAUGUGAUGGGCUUCCUUUGGUACUUGAUCUGAUCGGUGGAGUCAUUGCAAGGAAGGAAAAGACUAAGACUUUUUGGCUUGAAGUUCUAAAGAAUUUGAAUUCCUUUAUUUUUAAGGAUGAAGAGGAAGUGAUGAAGGUUAUACAAUUAAGUUACGACCAUUUAUCUGAUCACUUAAAACCAUGUUUGAUUUACCUAGCAAGCUAUCCAAAGGACGAACGUAUUCUAAUCUCUGAUUUGACAGAUUUAUGGAGUGCUGAAGGGCUUGUGGAACAGACUGGGAUGGAGGUUUAUGUGGAAGAGUUAAUUUCCAGUAGCUUGGUCAUAGUUCCCAAUGAGAGAGGUGCAUACCUGAGUUGUCAAAUUCACGAUCUUGUUCAUGAUUUUUGUUUGAAAAAAGCUAGAAAGGAAAAGUUGUUUGACUUCAUAAGUUCAAGCGCUACGUCUUCUUCUUCUUCUUUUUCUUCUUCUUCUUCUUCUUCGGAUCUGAUGCCACGUGCAAUGACUAUUCAUUAUGAUCAACAUUUCCUUCAUGCGGAUGAAAACUUUGUCCUGUUCAAUGCAGAAAAGGAAAAUCCUUAUGUUAAACACCUCCUCUCUUUGAAGGUAUACAUCAAUGAUAAUGGCGAGUAUGGGAAGCGCUAUUAUCUUUCCUCCAACUGUCACCUAAGACACUUGAGGCUUCUUAAAAGGUUGGAAUUGCUCCAAAUAAUUUUGACGGAUUCUUUGCUGAAUGAUAUAUGCAUGCUUGUUCAUUUGAGGUGGUUAAACAUUCGGAUGGAUGCACGAGCUCUCCCUCCGCCAUUUUCAAACCUUUUGAAUCUAGAAACUCUGUUGGUGGAUAACCGGGGAUCAAACAUGGUACUAUCACCUAGCAUUUGGAGUCUUGCAAAGCUACGACAUGUGGACGUCUAUACUUGUUCUUUCUUUGAUUUGUUCACUGAUGAACCAACAGUGUUAGAAGAGGACUCAAAGUUAGAGAAUUUGAGAAUAUUACAUUCGCUCAACCUUCCCUAUUCGAAUGAGGAUACUUUCAAAAGGUUUCCUAAUCUUCGAAGCCUUAAAUUUAGCAUCAGAGAACCAUGGGAUUGUUCAUCAGAGCGGAUCUCUUUUCCAAGAUUGGAUCUCCUUAAUGAACUUGAAGAAGUUUAUGCACAGUUUCAUCGCUUUCCGUUCAGUAAACAUGAACCUGAAGAUCAGUACUGUGAUUUUCACUUCCCUUUGAGCUUGAAAGAAUUGGAGUUGACAAACUUUAAUCUGACAUCUGAUUCACUGUCAAAAAUCGCGAGACUACCCAACCUUCAAGAUUUGUGUCUACGAAUCGCAAUCAUCCAGGGGAAAGAAUGGAACAUGGAAGAAUGGAACACGGAAGAUGUCACAUUCGAGAAUCUCAAAGUGCUAACAUUGUAUAAGGUGUCUUUUUCUGAAUGGCAGGUUGGCGAGGAAUCAUAUCCUGUGCUCGAGAAAUUGUAUAUACUAAACUGCCAUGAUCUUAUGGAGAUCCCGGAAUGUUUUGGGGAUAUUGCUUCAUUAAAGUCUAUCACAGUGUUGGGCAACCCUCAACUAAAAGAAUCAGCCCUAAAGGUUAAGGAAUAUGUUGCAGAUAUGACAGGAGAAGACAAGCUUGCAGUAAUGUAGUAGUGAGUUCUUGCGCGAAAUCUGGAUCAUCUCUAGUGCAUAUAAAGUUUGGCAUUAAUUUACUUUGGCCAGCACAUCAACCUGUAGAGGCUUCAAAUGAUAGACAUUUAUGCCUUCUUCCAGUUGUUUCAAUCCAUUUCUUUUAUUCCAUUGUGGUUAAAAACUGAUUAUCAAGUGUCAUUCGGACUUCUGGUAAAGUUGCUGCCAUGUAACUAGGAGGUCACGGGUUCGACCCGUGGAACCAGCCUCUUGCAGAAAUGCAGGGUAAGGCUGCGUCAAAUAGACCCUAAUGGUCGGGCCCUUCCUUGGACCCCGCGCAUAGCAUGAGCUUAGUGCAUUGGGGCUCGGACUUCUGUUAUUUCCUUUUGUUCUUUUUUGGUGAGUAAAGGUGCUAAUAGACACCAAAAAUAUCCUGUUUGUGUUCCAAAUUUGUUCUAUUUCCCUUCUUAAAAGUAAGAUAGCUCUGCAUAUGAUUCUUCUAUUAACGACUCUUUUUGUCAUUUAAACAUGUAGAAAAUCUCAGAUUGUAGCUUUUCCCCAGGUAGUUCUGAAACAUUGCUUUGAUCAUUCAGAAAAACAUCGGUCUUUUGGAGGUUCUAAAGUAAAAACAAUCAGAUGAAAGAAAGGUAAUGACACUCAGUGGCAGAGCCACCUUAUCCAAAGGGGUCUCAAUUCAUAUGGAAACUUACACUGUAUAGUUCGAUAAUUUUUAUUU